CCGGCCAGCCGUGCCGGCAACCGCGCCAACGUUCGUCAUCAGUUCACGGGCCACUCUCGAACCGCGCGGUACUGUUCUUACUCUCGCCGCAGUCUCUCGCUGUGCGUCGGGCGCCACACGACGACGAAACACGUUCGCGAACGGGGUUUAUACGCUUACGCCGUUAUUACCUGUUAAUACGCGUUCGUUCGUAUUACAAUUUUUUUUUUCGAAGGUUCGAAAGUUCCGUCACGCCAACAAUAUAAAAAUAAUAAUAGUAAUAAUAGCAAUAGUUAUUAUCAUGACGUCUUGUUCGUUAUGACCGCGGAAUACGCCUUACGCGAUUACCUCUGAUCUACAUCAAUAAUAGUAUACAUUAUUAUUACAAUACUAGUAUUCCGUCGAAUACAACAAAAAUAAAAACUUUCAAUAUCGGUUUCCGUUUUAUUAGUAUUGUUGUUGUUAUUUUUUAUUUAUGAAAUUUGCGAUUGAUGUUGUGGUGUGUCGCUCUCUUGGGCCGUACCGAGAUUGUUGAUAUUUAGUACGACGAACGAAUACGCCGGCCAUAUUUGUCGGCAUGAAAACCGACAAAGACCGUGUCACAGGUGCUUGAUCGACAAUGAUAAGCGGUGUGCUGUUGAUGGUGGCUGUGAUAUCAGGCAUAGUGUGCGGCGAAACGCCGAGACCGUCGGGCGCUAGAGCCGCGUUCAAGGACGCCGGCCAGGCGGAGAGGCACUUGCUGGCCGCGCUGGGCAUGAAGCGCCGACCGGUGGUGGACAAGUCUAAAGUGGAGAUACCAGCCGCCAUGCUGGAGCUUUAUAGGAUGCAAAUGUCGUACGAAUUCGACACCACGGCCUUACCGUUGCCGGGACACCAUGUCAAGUCCGCGAAUACCGCCCGGACGUACUUACAUAGAGAGUCCGAACCGAAAAAGCCAAAGUGCCGCAAGUACAGGUUGCAGUUCGCAGUCGAUCCGUUGCCGGAGGGCGAAUGGCUGACCGCGGCCGAGCUGAGGCUUACGCCGUCGCGGCACCGGCCUGCUGGACAUCCAGGCCGCGUUCAAGUACUCGUGCACGACAUUGUGCAGCCGGGCGUCCGGGGUGUGUCGAAACCAGUGCUCCGGUUACUCGACUCACAGUACGUGGACCUGCCAGACGCGCUGACGAUGGCGGGACAUGACGAUGAGGUGUCAGUCACGCUGGACGUGACCCCUGCGCUGGAACGGUGGUCACAGCACGGCGGCCGGUGGUCAGCCGGCAAUCACGGGCUGCUCAUCGAGACACUCACCGACGGCGCUGACGUCCGAGCUCCGAUACCCGACACGUUUGAGUUGCGGGCCGCCGACAGGCCUGCGCUGCUCGUGUACUCGGACGACGGCAAGAAUAGCCGUCCCGUCGGCCCGCCGCGGCGGAAACGUUCGCCGGGAGCAGGCCAACAGCAACAGGGCAGGGGUGGUGGCAAGCGGCGGAAGGACGGCGGUGGUCGGGAUAUCUGUCAGAGGCAUCCGCUCUACGUGGAUUUCACCGACGUCGGUUGGGACGAUUGGAUCGUCGCGCCGCCCGGUUACGACGCAUACUACUGCCACGGUGACUGUCCGUUUCCGGUCGCCGAACACCUCAACUCCACCAACCACGCCAUCGUCCAGACAUUGGUCAACUCCAUGAACCCCACCGCCGUGCCCAAAGCGUGUUGUGUUCCCACUCAGUUGGCGUCCAUAUCUAUGCUGUACCUGGACGAGGACAACAAAGUGGUGCUCAAAAACUACCAGGACAUGCAAGUGCUCGGGUGCGGGUGCAGGUAGGCCUCGGCCUAGACCCAUCACACACUCACAUACACACACACACACACAUACACAAACAUACCCAUACACACAAACACAUAGCGUCGCCCAAAGAUAUUAUUAUUAUUAUUAUUAUUAUUACUAGUUAUUAUUAUUAAUAUAUAUAGGUAUAUAUUUACGUAUAUAUAUUAUUAUUAUUAUUAUUAUUAUUAUUAUUAUUACUAUUUUACUAUUGUGCAUUUCUCCAACGAGGUUGUUUGCCCGUUUAACGAAUUUUCUUUUUGAUAAAAAUGAUGUCUUUCGCGGAAUUUAUUGUUGUACGUGGUAGGGAGGUACUUAUAAAUUAUACCUUUUCGUCGACGACCAAUACCUACUGCAGAUGACGGGUUCAUAUAAAGACUGGUAACGAUCUUUAUAAUAUUAUGUGUUAUACGUACAGAAACACAUCGACGGUAUAUCCUCUUUAGACGGGUAUAAUAUGUUAUUACGUAAUAUCACAGUUAUAUUAAUUAUUAGGUAAUAUUAAGUAUAGUCUUCGACCACCACCACAUACAAACAUAGAACGAGAUCCCCAACAAAAUCGAUAAACAUUACUUACCUACUACCUAUAUCUACCUAAAUUUACGUAAUUUCAACGUUAAAACGGCUUAAGAUUAAUUUUAUUGGAUACAAUAUGUUGUAAACGUAGUAAUAAUAAUUGUGUAGUAUUAUAUUAUUAUGCCAACGUUAUGGACGUGACGAGAAUUUGUUAUUUAACAUAUAGGUACCGUUAACUUUUCCGUAAUAUAAUAUUAUUACGUUCAGUCGAAAUGGCAAACAAAUGUAUCUUUUCUGUUAUUUAGUUCUAAACGCGUAUUGCCAGAAUAAUAAAUUAAAACAUUACCGAAAUUCGUUAAAUUUGUGAUGAUGUCUCUUAUUAUGAUAUAGGUAUAUCUUGUUCAUCGAGUUUAGCAAUCGAUUUUUUUUGUUUUUAAUGUUGUCUGAGAUUGUCAUAUAUUUUCCCCGUCCCUUCGCAAUUGACCCCAUCGCAACCAAUGUAUUCGUUCACCGUAAAUUCAUCACCACACUUACCGAACCCAAAUUUAUAUGAUAUUAAAGUAUUGUGUCCCAUUUUUUUUUUUUUACUUAUUUAUUAUUUUAUAGCUUUUGUACGCCAACCAGUGAAUAUAGUAUAUUAUAUAAUAUAUUAUAUAUUGUUUUAAACAUCAUGCUCAUAUACUAGUCUUUUUAUUUAUAAAUUACGUAUUUUUCACCCCCAAAAUCAAAACCGACCAAAAUAUUACUUUACACAGUUGUUAUAUUAUAUAAUAUUAUAUAUUAUACCUGUAUUUUUGUUUGUUUAUUUAUUUUAUUAAAUUUUGACUUGCCUCAAUAUGUUACCAUAAUAUUAUUGUCCAUGUAGAUUUAGAUCCGUUUUUUUAUUUAUUGAGUUAUGAGUAAAAUAGAAUACAAUUAUUGAAGAAAAGAAAAAUUCCAAAAUGUCUAUUUCAUACUUCAUAAAGAGUAUCCUAUUUUUAUUUAAAUAUAUUAUAUUGUACAUAUAUUUUUGUAAAUAAUAAAUUUUUGUGUUAAAUGAAUCAUUUGCAGUUAGUUAUUUUGUAAAUUUAAAUGUUCCAUAUACCUUAUACACCUUUCACAAUUGAAAUGUAUAGUAUCAUUCUGUCACAAUUAUAUUUUGUGUGUCUUGAUAAAGAUUUUGUAUUAUGAUUAUAUGCAUAAUAUUAUACCAACAGAAAAAUUUUAUAAUUUUUAAUUUAUAUCUUAUGUCAUUUUAAUCAAUAUAAUAGAAUUAUAGAAAAUAGUUUAAAUUAAUAGUUAUGUACAUGUAAAUAAAAGUAUUUUUAAUCUUA